GGCGCGGAGAGCCCGGUCACGUGUCAGGGGGCCGACCGGGCGUGCGUGCCGCCGUUGAUCCGGUGCUGCAGUGAGGUGGUUGUUGCCCGUGUUGUGUGUGUGUGUGAGUGUGUGUGAGUGAGUGAGUGAGGGAGCGAGUGAGUGAGUGAGUGCGUGCGUGGGGGCACUCGGCUUGUUGUUGUCGGUGACUUCCCCCUUCCCUCUACCCCUCCCUUCCCCGGCCGCCGCUGCAGUGGCCGCUCCCUGGGCCGUAGGAAAUGAGCGAUAACGAUGACAUCGAGGUGGAGAGCGACGAAGAGCAACCGAGGUUUCAAUCUGCGGCUGACAAACGGGCUCAUCAUAAUGCACUGGAACGAAAACGUAGGGACCACAUCAAAGACAGCUUUCACAGUUUGCGGGACUCAGUCCCAUCACUCCAAGGAGAGAAGGCAUCCCGGGCCCAAAUCCUAGACAAAGCAACAGAGUAUAUCCAGUAUAUGCGAAGGAAAAACCACACGCACCAGCAAGACAUUGAUGACCUCAAGCGGCAGAAUGCUCUUCUGGAGCAACAAGUCCGUGCACUGGAGAAGGCAAGGUCAAGUGCCCAGCUGCAGACCAGCUACCCCUCCUCAGACAGCAGCCUCUACACCAACGCCAAGGGCGGCACCAUCUCUGCCUUCGAUGGGGGUUCAGACUCCAGCUCAGAGUCCGAGCCUGAAGAGCCCCAGAGCAGGAAGAAACUCCGGAUGGAGGCCAGCUAAGCCAUGCGGGGCAGGCCAGCAAUAAAAACUGUCGUCUCCAUCGUCUCCUCCUCCUCCUCCUCC